AAGUUUGAAUAUCUAAAAACGCUACAGUUAGUUUUAAACAUUACUUUUUUAGACGGAUGCUGGAAAUCGUUCUCCAAAGCGCGACGAACAUGGGGAAGAGUUGAACAGCGAAAGCGACUGGUACAAAUCAGUGAAAAUCAUUGUCAUCGAUGAUAUCGAACGCGAGUUUUUACUUUCAAAGGCCAAUUACAUCAUCGCGCAAAAGGAAGACUGUGAUCGUGGCUAUUAUGACCCGACCGAAACUGUCAAGAGGUUAGUGUCGUUGUGCGAAAUUCGACUAGCAGCUACUUUAUCCAGUGCCUUUGACCUGCCACUGUCCGAGAAGCACGACUUCUCAUACCUAGUUUCGGCCCUAAUUCAGUUCGACCGGCUGGAAGAGGCUCAAGCAUUGCUGUGUCAAUACGUGGACGCAACAUGUGGGUCACAUCCGGAAGAUUUCAAUAUCACAACUACUCUGACUGAUUCUGGAUAUCCUGUAUGGCUGCCAUACACAUUGAUCGAUCUCCUUUUGCGAUUGUUGGAGGAAAGGAAACAGGAAAAGUUAAGGGACAUGCUCCAGAAGAAAAUGAACGCAUACGUUGCCCAGUUAGGUGCCGUUGAAAAAAUUUUGUUUAAGAGGGUAUUCGGAUUCCCAGAGGCAUCUUCAGCUAUUCACUGGACGUAUUAUCGAAAAUGGAAUCUGCGCUACGUUUAA